AUGGGAAGACUCUUCUUAAGAUAUCUCGAUGGACCAUCGGUUUAUGUUUGUUCCAAUUGUAAUUCUCACCUCUGCAUGAAUGAUGAAAUCAUUUCCAAGCAUUUCCAUGGACGUUAUGGAAAAGCCUACUUGUUUAACAAGGCAGUGAAUGUUUCUAAUGGACCAUUGGAAGAGAGACAAUUAAUGACUGGUUUACAUGUUGUCUGUGAUGUGUACUGUGUAAAUUGCAAGUCAAAUGUUGGAUGGAAAUAUAAAGAAGCAUAUGCCACAACUGAACAGUACAAGGUUGGAAAAUUUUGCUUGGAAAUGACUAAAUUGAAAAAGGAAACUAUGUAA